AUGUACAUGUUACCGCUGCACUGCUUCAUGGGACUACGUGGGAAGUCCAUUAACGUAGUGCAGCGGCAGCGAGCAGGGCAGGCAGCAGAAAGGAAGGUCCCACUGCUGUCUCAAGCCUGCACUAAUGCUGGACUAAGGGACUUCUGUGUACGAAUGUGGGUAUCUGACAAAAGUACUAAUGCCUGCGGCAGGCACGCGGACAAUGUGUGCCUAAUAAAUGGCAAAGAUGAAGAAAACUGUGAUCUAAUUACUUCAUCAGAGUUUACUUGUGCUAACAGAAGAUGUAUUUCCAAGGCUUUUGCAUGUAAUGGUGAAGAUGACUGUGGUGACGGAAGUGAGGAAAGAGGCUGUGUUCCACCUUCCAGUGGUCCACAUGAAUUCCACUGCAGUAGUUCAGAAUGUAUCCCAUUGAGUUGGAUAUGUGGUACUAAUGCUGAUGGUGCUGAUCAAUCUGAUGAAUCUCCGGGCCGGUGUGAACACAUCCAUCCUCCUCUGACUUUUUCUCCAAGUGAAAUUCAAUGUGGUUCGGGUGAAUGCAUCCAUAGUCGUCGGUUCUGUGAUGGAGAUGCUGACUGCAAAAAUGGAGGCGAUGAAAUUGGUUGCCCUCCUCGUACGUGUAGACCAGAUCAUUUAGAUCAGGUCUGUGUUCAGAAUCACAGAAAAUGUAAUGGGCAAAGAGACUGUCUUGAUGGCAGUGAUGAGUCUGGCUGUAAAAGUGCUGCAGUGUGCACAGGACCAAAUGACUUCAGAUGUCAAAGCUGGAUCAAGGAGAACCCUAAGGCGUUCUACGCGUAUGUGAAGGAGGAUGACUAG